AUGGAGUCCACAGAAAAAUUAAAUUAUUCACAAGUAUCAGAAUUUGUUUUGCUGGGGCUGACCAGCUCUCAGAAUAUUCAAUAUUUUCUCUUUGCAAUUUUCUCACUGAUCUACGGGGCCACAAUUCUAGGUAACCUCCUCAUUGUGGUCACAAUACUUUGCAUCUCCAGCCUGAAUACACCUAUGUACUUUCUCCUUGGAAAUCUAUCUUUUGUGGAUAUGACUCUUGCUUCCUUUGCCACCCCUAAGAUGAUUGUGAACUUGUUGAAAACACAAAAGACCAUUUCCUUUGCUGGAUGCUUCACACAGAUGUUUCUCCUUCACUUACUGGGUGGAGUUGAAAUGGUACUUUUGGUCUCCAUGGCAUAUGACAGAUAUGUGGCUAUAUGUAAACCACUCCAUUACAUGACCAUAAUGAGCAAGAAGGUGUGUGUUUUAUUGGUUCUGACCUCCUGGUUUAUAGGUUUCCUACAUUCUGGUCUACAGAUACCCUUUGUUGUAAACUUGCCUUUCUGUGGCCCCAAUGUAGUGGAUAGUAUUUUCUGUGAUCUCCCUUUGGUAGCUAAGCUUGCCUGCACAGAUACUUAUAUCAUACAGAUAGUCAUUGUUGCCAACAGUGGGAUGAUCUCUCUGAGCUGUUUUACUACUUUGCUUAUCUCCUACAUUUUGAUCCUCUUAACCAUUAGGAACCACUCUUCUACUGGGCAGUCCAAAGCCCGUUCUACUUUGACUGCUCAUAUCACAGUGGUGAUUCUCUUUUUUGGUCCUUGUAUCUUCAUCUAUGUCUGGCCCUUUGGCAACCAGUCAAUAGAUAAGUUCCUUGCUGUAUUUUAUACCAUUGUCACUCCUAUCUUGAAUCCAAUUAUCUACACUCUACGAAAUAAAGAAAUGAAGACAGCCAUGAAGAAGAUGCGGGAGUGGGAUGGUGUUAUGAGAUGCACUCUGGGAACAUUGAUGAUUGGGAAAAGGGGACCUACGGGAGAAGAUCAAACUCAGAAGGCACGCAAACUGACCCUUCCUCAGUCAGCACCUUGUCUCAGCCACUGCUGGGAGGAAAUUCGGUUCACCCCCAAUACCAGUAAGAUGAGCUGGAAGUAA